UGUUUAAAACCCUGCAGAGACGGUGGAUUUUAUUGAUACAAGCAGCAGAGAAAUACACACAAACACGCUCCUGAUGGCAGAUCAACACAAUGAAGCGCUUCUUGAGCGCGUGCCGAGCCAGGAGACCGUCCACAGCACGAGCCGGAGCUCUAAUGGUAAAGCUCUGAAGGUGGCUGGACUCACUGUUCUGGCCUGUCUGCUGCUGGCGGGUCAGGCUCUGACCGCUUACUUUGUCUGGGGUCAGAAACAGCACAUCAGCACUCUGACUGAGGGCCAAGAGCAACUGAAGAAUGAGCUCACCCGCAAAACAUCAGCUGGAGCUCCAAAGGUGAUGCGUCUGCCCAUGAACAGCAUGCCCCUGUUGAAGGAUUUCUCCGAUGAGACCACCGAACAGAAACAGGCCCGUGUUCCCCUCACGAAACUGCGGCCAAGUUUCCUGAACCAGAGAGAGGGCAGCGGAGUUUUUGAUGAAGCUUCUCGACUGAUGCCAAAGCAAAUGCAUCUCCCAAUGAAAAGUAUGGAACUGGAGCCAGACACUGAUGUUAAGAGCACACCUGCUGAGGCUGUCGAGCUUGAGAGCAGAUGUCAGCUGGAGUCCAUGAAGCAGGUGAGACCCGGAUUCUACCAGCCACAGUGUGACGAGCAGGGUAACUUCUUGCCCAUGCAGUGCUGGCACAGUACCGGUUACUGCUGGUGCGUGGACAAGGAUGGCAGCGAGAUCAAGGGCACUCGCAUCCGUGGAAGACCCACCUGUGGUACAGAGUAAAGAAAGCUUCUCCAACAACAUUGAUGUGAAAUUUUCAACUAUAAAGUCAAGAUGAGAAGAUUCUCCCGUCAUUCAGUCUUAAGUUUAUUACGUACAUCUCUGUCCCGAUGAUUUUUGCUUCACAUAGAUAUUAAUAAUAGAUCAGAAGACUUCUACAGUAUGACUCUUCUACUCAAGAUCUCUAUCACGUGUUUGAAAUACACUCAGACCUAUAUAAUAUUUCUAUGAGAUCUCUAACCCUUUGUUCUGAUCAUAUCGACUCUGUAUGUUCUGACAUAAUUCUGCAUGUUUUCACUUGUGGCAUGUUUGUAGAAUGUGAAUAUCAGAAUGAUUCUCAACCAGAGAGACUGUAAAUAUGAAGGUAGCAAUAAAACAUGCUUUUUCUAACUGUA